UCUUCCAUCUCUAAUCUUUUAACACGCGCUCAUUUUGUAAAUAAACGAGAGUUUCGUUGGUUUUUUUUACCUUAAACAUGAGUUUUCUGAAACCCAAGAGUCACAUAGAAAAGGGCGAUGUGGUGAUAUUGUAUUUAAGUGUUAGUUCUAUGCAUGCCAUUGAAGCGGUACCGGAAAUAGUCAACAAAAAGGGCGAAACUAUACCGCACAUCUUUCAAACUAACUACGGUUCGCUUAAAGUGGAAAAUAUAAUAGGAGUGAAGUAUGGAAGCCGAGUGGAGCUCUCUAAGGGUUGGGCCCAUGUCCUUCAGCCAACUCCGGAACUCUGGACCCAAACACUGCCGCAUCGCACACAGAUUAUUUACACGCCGGAUAUCAGCAUGAUUAUACACCAAUUGGAAGUGCGACCCGGUGCGGUGGUCAUUGAGUCGGGCACCGGAUCAGGGUCCUUAUCGCACUACUUUCUUAGAGCUCUGAAACCCACGGGACACCUGCACACCUUCGAUUUCCACGAAGCUCGCGCGGAUCAGGCACGCGACGAAUUCCGGCGACAUGGACUUGCCGACUUCGUCACCGUCUAUCACCGGGAUGUGUGCAAUCUGGGCUUUGGCGGAGAGCUGGACGGAAAGGCCGAUGCGGUCUUCUUGGAUCUGCCCUCACCCGAUCUCGCGGUGCCGCACGCUUUCAAGGCGUUGAAGCUGUCCGGUGGUCGUUUUUGUUCGUUUUCACCCUGCAUCGAGCAGUCGCAGCGCUGCAUCCAGGAGCUGACCAAGCUGGGCUUUAACGAGAUUGUCUCCCUGGAGGUGUUGCAGCAGGAGAACGUGGUCAAGACCCGCACGCUGCCCGUCAUCGAUUUGGAGUUCCUUAAAUUGCCCAAAACGGACGAGACGACCGCAGCGAACGCCGAAGAAAGCAAAGCGCCCAAGGAGGUGAAGAAGUACCUGACCUCCAGCAAUCCCCAAACGCUGCCCGGUCACACGGGCUUCCUCACCUUCGCCACUCUGCCACCGAAUAUACCAAAGGCCUGAUGAAUAAACUUGAAUUUCUUUUUAUUUGACCCUCGA